AUGGGGCAGUUAGCAGGAAGGCAGAUAAGAAGAUACUGGGGACGUGGGUUGGAACAUAACGGUAAGACAAAUGUGAGAUUAAACCAAGGGAACGUAGUAAUAUUGGAUUACAAGUAUGUGGUUCUAAUGCAUAAUAAAGAUGGUCUACUACAACAUAGGUCUGCCAAAAGUGAAAAAUUGCAAACUCGAAGAGGGAGAUUGGGAGAAAAAUUUUCUGAAACUAACCCAUCAAAAUCCUAG